AUGAUUCUGGAUAAUGCUCCCAUGCCCAACGCAGAAAUGAUUCCUGCCCAAAUGGUCCAGGAUCCUGAAUUCCCUGAGCUGACGGUUCGGCCGGUUUCACGCCUCGACUGCACUACUCCAUGUCUAAUCGACCCUAGGGGCCUUUAUAUAGAAGACGAUUUCUCACCAUUCACCGUCUUCACUGGCGCCGAUGGCAUUGUAACCUUCCUUCGAAUGCAUAAUCCGGCCACACUACGCGCCUUCCUAGACCUUGUUAACGUCAGUUUUUUUGAGUUCACCUGGUUCAACACAAAGUUCGUGAAGGGCGAGAUGCUCCCUUUCAUCAUAAAGCGAGACAACCAUCGGGUGCAGGCUGGCUAUAAGAGAGGUUAUAAGGGAAGUACGAUGGGCAAGGAAUGGGACAUGGCUAUAUUUUACGACAUGUGGAGUAAUGGUAUUUGGCAGCUCAAGAAUUCAACAGCCGUGGGUUUAGGCCACCCGCUACUUUUAAACGCCAGCGAGACAGCCGAGCUCGGCUUGCAAGGUGACAUUGGUCUUGCUGUGAUGAGGUCUGCUAUUAUCAAUGGACUGUGGAAGCCCCAGGCCGUAACCCCUUAUCGAGCUAAGGUUAUGUAUAUUCGAAAUGGCACCGAUGGAAACAAAGAGUUGUGUUAUGUUUGA